AUGUUCCUCUCUGAUGAAGAGGAAAUCAAUGUUGAAGACUCUCCUGUGAAAUCGCCUCCUAAUGUUGUGCCCGAUGUUGAGACAUCUAUGUCUCAGGAAAAUUCUGAUCAAGAAAAUUCUGGAAAGGAAUCCACUUAUCUUGAAGAUUCAGGCAAGGCUACCAAGCCUGAUGUCACUGUGUCAUCUUCUUCAAAGGAUGCUGAUCCAAAGAAUGGCAAUUCUGAGGAUACCAAUUCUGCAGAGCCAACCCAGGCUCCAACCCCUGUUCAGGACAUCUCUGAUGAUGAUUCUGAUGAUGUGCCCCUGGUUAAGUCCAUUCCUGAUAGUGUUGCUGCCCGGAUGAAAAGAAAAAGAAGGGUCUCUACUCCUGACGUCACUCCUACUCCACCAAAGAGAUCCAAGUCAUCUUCUGUAACCUACAAAUCUAGACAAGCGAGUGUGAAGGAUAAAGGAAAGCAAAAGGCUGUCAAGACUCCAAGUGAGAAGAAGAAAAGGAAGAUUCCAGUUGAUGUUGAAGAAUCUGAGUCAGAUGCUGAAGCCGAUCUACAAGAUGGAGAACGCCAAGGUGGUGAGCGCAGUGCUGCUGCUACAGCUGCUCAAGAUGAGAGCAAUGAAGAGGAGGAAGGAUCUAAAGAGAGUGCAGAGGAAAGUGCAGAAGAGUCUAGAGAGGAGUCCAGUUCAGAAGACUAG